CGCGCUGCCUGCUUUCUCGCGCCGCACGCUCGCGAACGGAGGCUCGGAAUGGACGCGGAAGGGAGCCAGAGCAGCCAGUCCGCGCCGGACUCCCCCCACGACCCCUGCAAAAUGUUCAUCGGGGGUCUCAGCUGGCAGACGACACAGGAGGGACUGAAGGAGUACUUCAGCAAGUUCGGCGAGGUGAAGGAGUGUAUGGUCAUGCGGGAUCCGGUUACAAAGCGGUCGAGGGGAUUCGGAUUUGUCACCUUCGCCGACCAGCCCGGGGUGGACAAAGUUCUGGCCCAAACCAGACAUGAACUGGACUCCAAAACUAUUGACCCCAAGGUGGCUUUCCCUCGCCGAGCUCAGCCCAAGCUUGUGACUCGAACCAAGAAGAUCUUCGUCGGUGGCCUCUCGGUCAACACCACCAUCGAGGAUGUGAAGCAGUACUUCGACCAGUUCGGAAAGGUUGACGAUGCCAUGCUGAUGUUCGACAAGACAACCAACCGACACAGAGGGUUCGGCUUCGUGACCUUCGAGAACGAGGAUGUGGUGGAGAAAGUGUGCGAGAUCCACUUCCACGAGAUCAACAACAAGAUGGUGGAGUGCAAGAAGGCCCAGCCCAAGGAGGUGAUGUCCCCCACGGGCUCCACCAGAGGGCGCUCUCGGGUGGUGCCCUACGGCAUGGAUGCCUUCAUGCUGGGGAUUGGCAUGCUGGGUUACCCAGGAUUCCAGGCGGCAACCUACGCCAGCCGUGGCUACACUGGAAUCACACCAGGGUACACCUACCAAUUCCCCGAAUUCCAUUUAGAGAGGACCCCCCUUCUGACAUCACCCCACCCCCCAGAGCUCACAGCCAUUCCGCUGACGGCUUAUGGACCAAUGGCGGCGGCGGCAGCGGCUGCGGCAGUGGUCAGAGGUACAGGCUCCACUCCUUCUCGCUCAGCUGGCUUCCUGGGAACCAGCAGCCCGGGGCCAAUGGCCGACUUGUACGGAGCAGCUAACCAGGACUCUGGGGUCAGCAGCUACAUCAGUGCCGCCAGCCCGGCCCCCAGCACCGGCUUCGGUCACAGCCUUGGGGGUCCUCUGAUAGCCACAGCGUUCACCAACGGCUACCACUGAGAGGGCUGUCGCGUCAGGACAUGGGAGGGGUUCCGCUUUCUACUGAGCCAAUCAAAGACCACCCUCUGUCAGUACAGUACACCUCAUUGGCUGCAGCAGAUGUCACGUGACUUCGGCUCCCCUUGACUCCACCCACAAGCAGAAGACUUUCCCUCUUUUUUUUUCCCCUCUGUUAUCAUCUCGGUGGUCUGACUCGCCCAUCUUCGCAUCCUCAAUCUCGUGUAGAUUCCUCUUAGUUUAGUAGAUAGUUUA